AUGCCCCUGUUCCAAGAAGUUGCGGAACAUAACACCAAAAAGGAUUGCUGGGUAAUUAUCCAUGGUAAAGCAUAUGACGUCAGUGAUUUCAUAGAUGAGCAUCCCGGUGGGAGUGCGAUCAUAUUGAAGUAUGCUGGAAAAGAUGCAACCAAGGCAUUUGAUCCGAUCCAUCCUGGAGACACAUUGACUAAAUAUUUGAAUGAAAAGAAUCAUAAAGGUGAAGUCACGGGAACUCCACCUAAAAAGGCGGACAAGAAAGCAAAGAGCAGCAACGGCAGUAAGAGCCCUAGCGCCGAUACCAGUAGUGCCAGCAAUGGCGACAAGGGAAGUCAGAACAAAGCAGUGGUUGACGAAUUUGACGUAGAAUAUGACGAACAGGAAGACAAAUUACCGAUUCUGUCUGAACAAGAAAGCAAGGCUGAAUCUACCAAGGGUGAGGAUAAAGACCAAAAUGUUGACGAUGAUGACGAUGACGAUGAUGACGAUGAUGAUGACGAAGACGAUGCCCGUGUGAAGGAUAUGAUUUCCAGAAAGCCCGAUAUCGCCCAAAUUUACAACUUGAGUGACUUUGAGUUUGUUGCUAGACAUACAAUGGGUAAGAUAGCCUGGGGCUAUUAUUCAUCUGGCUGCGAUGAUGAAAUAACUCUUAGAGCAAACCAUUUGGCGUAUCAUAGGAUUUUCUUCAAGCCUAGAGUACUUGUUGAUGUUUCAUAUAUUGAUACUUCAACUACGAUGCUUGGUACCAAGACUGCUGCUCCAUUCUAUAUGACUGCUACCGCAUUAGGAAAAUUGGGCCACCCUGAAGGUGAAACGGUGUUGACUAGAUGUGCAGCAAAGACUGGAAUCAUUCAAAUGAUUCCAACGUUAGCAUCUUGUUCUUUUGAUGAAAUCGUAGAUGCUGCUAUUGACGAGCAAACGCAGUGGUUGCAACUUUAUGUUAAUGCUGAUCGUGACAUUUGCAGGAAAAUAGUUGAACAUGCUGAGAAGAGAGGUAUCAAGGGUUUAUUCAUAACUGUUGAUGCUCCUCAGUUGGGUAGAAGAGAAAAGGAUAUGAGGCUGAAAAAUGUCGAAGAUUUGUCUCACGUUCAAGAUGAAGAUGCUGGCGCAGAUAGGUCACAAGGAGCUGCAAGAGCAAUCCUGUCCUUUAUCGAUACCAGUUUGAAUUGGAAAGAUAUCAGUUGGUUCCGUGAAAUCACAAAGAUGCCCAUUAUAUUGAAGGGUAUACAGUGUGUUGAGGAUGCUAUUCUCGCAACCGAGCAUGGAGUUCAAGGCAUUGUAAUUUCUAACCACGGUGGGAGACAAUUGGAAUUUUCCAAACCUCCUAUUGAAGUAUUAGCCGAAACUAUGCCUGUUUUGAGAAGUAAGGGUGUCGAUUUUUCCAAAUUUGAGGUUUACAUUGAUGGUGGAGUCCGUAGAGCGACCGAUAUUCUUAAAGCUAUAUGUCUUGGAGCCAAAGGGGUUGGAAUUGGUAGACCAUUCUUGUACGCAAUGUCCACUUAUGGUGAUGACGGUGUGUUAAAGCUCAUUAAUAUUUUGCUCGACGAGAUGAUUAUGAAUAUGAGAUUGUUAGGUGUUACGAAGAUUGAACAAUUGAAUGAAAAAUAUGUUGAUAUUCAAGGGAUUGGCCAGAGAUUCUUACCAUCGGACAGAUUAUUUGAAGGUGUUUACGAGCCUUUGCAAUCUCCACAGUUUAGAGAUAGUAAGAUUUAG